AUGGACACAGCAAACGAUAUUCACGACGUGAUAAUCAUCGGCGCCGGGCCAUGCGGCCUCGCUGUGGCAGCCCGCUUGCGCGAGGAGACGCCGUCGGCCAUGUUCACGGACGAAGAGCACCAGCGCUACCACUGGAUCAAAAAACACCGUGGGAAGAUGUCUCUGGUGAGAGGCCAGCGACGUAAGCAUAAGGGUGUUCGUGCAGAUCGGUACACUGGAAGUUCAGAUACGAGUAUGACGAAGACGAAUCACCAAGAGCCGUCGGAAGAAGAAAAGUGUUGUGUCCAGGAAAGGAAGUACUCAACCAUUGUUCUCGACAGUUCUGGGAACAGGUGGAUGGAGCGCUGGAAUAAAGCAUUUCGUGCUCUGGAGAUCGACUACCUGCGCAGUCCGAUGUUUUUCCAUGUGGACCCUGGCGAUCGUGAUGGGCUGCUGGCCUAUACACGUGAGACAGGUCGGGAAAAGGAACUUUGUGAACUUUCUGGGUGUGUUGGGCAUGAGAUUAGCAAGCACAAGCGGAAAAAGAUGAGGAAUCAGUCUCAAUUCCCACGUGAAUCGGAAAUCAACGAACGAGAUCGGAAAGACUACUACACACCGUCGGCGAAGCUCUUUGCCGAUUAUUGCGCGUCUAUAAUCACACGGUAUGGACUGAAUGGGAUGGACCAGAUCCAACAAUCGGAUGUUCAUAAUAUCCAAUUUUCCGAAAUAGAAGGGACCCCAGACAACAACAAGUUGUUCACUAUCUCAACUUGCCACGGGCAGCUUCGUAGCAGGGCAGUAGUAUUGGCGAUUGGCCCUGGCCACGUCAAGAUGAUGCCUUGGGAGCUCUCCCAGGAUGAGCAAUUAGCAGCAUGUCAUAGCUCCGAGAUUGGGAUUAAAUUUCCGAGUCCUCUUCUCGCGAAAAAGAUUGAGCACCGUCAAACGACUAAUAUGGUGGUAAUUGGAGGAGGCUUGACCUCUGCACAGAUAUCCCACAUUGCAACCCGCAAAGGCGUGACCAAAGUGUGGCAUCUCAUGCGGGGCGACCUGAAAGUCAAACACUUUGACGUCAGCCUGAACUGGAUGGGCAAGUUUAAGAAUUAUGACAAAGCCGUAUUUUGGUCGGCAGACGACGACGAAGAGCGGCUUGGGAUGUUGCAAUAUGCACGGAAUGGAGGGAGUAUCACACCUCGCUAUCACAAGCUUCUCAAGCAGCAUAUUGCCCACGAUCGCCUAUCAAUUCACACCAACACCGUGGUCCGAGACAAGCAUUUUGAUUCUGUUUCCCAGACGUGGCAACUCACAACCGAUCCGCCUAUAGCAGGCCUGCCGGAAUGCAUAGACUAUAUCUGUUUCGCAACCGGAAUGAAAACAGACAUUACUCAGAUGCCUAUGCUCCAGUCCAUGAACCGCGACUAUCCUAUUGAAACUCUACAAGGACUGCCGUGUCUGACAGACGAUCUCAUGUGGAAGAACGACGUGCCUCUGUUUGUGACAGGUCGCUUGGCAGCUCUCCGUCUCGGACCAGCAGGUCCAAACCUCGAAGGAGCUCGACUUGGGGCUGAACGAAUUGCAUGGGCUCUGGAGGAUGUGCCGGGGAUCAGCCGUGGUGUUGGCCAUGAUCGUAGCAGUCUGGACGAGGACCUGCAGAAGGCGUUUUGCGGACUAGGCAAUCGGUACGAUAAGAUGGCAAUAACCACACCAGCCGCUAAGACGGCUACAAAAGGCAACAAGAAGCUCAAGUUCCUCGUCAUCGGGGCUGGAUCGCGCGGCCACGCCUACUCUGAAGCUGUCGUCGAGUCGACAUCUGCUGCAAUCUACGCUGUUGCCGAACCCCGUCCAUAUAACCGCCAGGAAUUCGGCGACACCUUCAUCUGGGGCGAGGGCGGGCGACCUGCCGAGGGCCAGGCAUUCGAAGACUGGAAGGAUUGGUUACAAUGGGAGCAGACACGACGACAAAAGGUCGAGCGAGGGGAGGAAAACGUGCCAGAGGGGGUUGAUGGCGUGUUCGUUUGUGCUUUGGACGAGCUACACGUGGAGAUUAUGUGCGCCAUCGCGCCGUUGAAUCUCCAUGUACUGUGCGAGAAGCCGCUGGCAACCUCUCUCAAGGACUGUCUUGCCAUCUAUCGUUCCUUUGUGCCCCAUGGCAAGGAAGAUGUUGCUCCUUCCAAGGUAUUCUCCAUCGGCCAUGUGAUGCGAUAUAGCCCUCACAACAUGCAUCUGCGCCGCCUGCUCCUGACAGACCGCGUUAUCGGCGACAUUGUCUCGCUCGAGCAUACAGAGCCAGUCGGAUACUGGCACUUUUCUCACAGCUACGUGCGAGGGAACUGGAGACGAGAAACACCCGAGGGCGUUGGGUCUCUAUUGACCAAGUCAUGCCACGACGUUGAUUUUCUUGUCUGGCUACUCUCUUCUCCACCGCCGGGCGCCCCUCGGGAUACACCUCCGCACCACCCGAGAAGCAUCACAUCCUCGGGCGUCCUGACCCAAUUCCAAAGUAAACGGAAACCCAAGGAGGCGGGAACUGCGACCAACUGUCUCACCUGCCCGAUUGAGCGCCAGUGCACCUAUAGCGCUGUACGCAUAUACAAGGAGAAACAACUGGACAAGGGCGACACCAAAUGGCCGCUUAACAUUGUCUGUCCGGACAUUGAAGACACUUUCAAGACAUCCGGCAUAGCAGCCGCAGAAAAACAGCUCAUGGGCAAGCUUGCCGAGGAUUAUGAUAAGAACUCGACGCCAGAUGAGAAGAUCGCUUCUCGACCGUGGUUCGGCCGUUGCGUAUAUGAGUCCGACAACAACGUCUGCGACGACCAAUUUGUCACAAUCCGCUGGGAUGAUGACGAGGACGAGUCUAUUAAGAAGUUCCCCUCGCGUAUCGCCAAGACAGCCACCCUGCACAUGAUUGCCCCGACCCAGAAACAAUGCGAGAGGCGUGGAUGGGUAUACGGUACCGAAGGUGAGAUUGAAUAUGACAGCCGCACAAUCAGGAUUUACUCCUUUGCAACAAACGAGUUCACGACAAUAGAGAUUCCCAAGGCGAAGAAUCCCAAAGAGGAUCGCACUCAUGGAGGCGGUGACUGGGGGUUGGCUCGUAUGUACGUCGCUGCUGUGGAUGCAGUUGAGAACCAAGGCUGGGAUGUUCGUGAUGCGCAGAACCACUUUAUUGGGUGCACAUUGGAAGAGGCAGUCAGAAGCCACGCGGUUGUUUUUGCCGCCGAGGAAGCUCGGAGAGAAGAAAAAGUGGUCAAGUGGCAGGAAUGGUGGAAUCAGAAUCUGAAGUCUCAGGUUGCUGUUUGA